CAAAGUUUAUGAUUCUUUCUUUACUUCAGCACUAAGGACGCAGUCCCGAAGCACUCCUCCGGUUUCCGUCCCCCAACCUUCUCUCACCUCUCUCUCUCUCUCUUCGCCCAAAAUCCCCGGCCUCGGUUUCUUCAUAUCCAUCCUGGGAGAUGGCUUCCAGUUUUCCGUCCCGGCAGUGGGACGAGUUGGGAUCCGGCGGGAAGGUUAUCCACGACCGUCGCCGUUUACUACCAUCUUUCUCGCCUUACAGCCGACCGCCGCCCGCUGCGGCGCUGAUACCACGUCCAGUUCAAGAAGAGCAAACCGGAAGAAGGCUGAACUGGCUCAGGGGCCUGUUUUCCGGCAUCGGGAAGCUAUUCUUGUCCGUCCUUAGCUCUGAGGAUAACAGCCCGUCCCCAUCUGAGUGCUUUUCCAAUUCCGAUGACUACUACGAUUAUAGUCCCAAUGAACAUGAGGAUCAAUUGCGCUCUGAUGAUUUAACUUCCUUUAAAAUGGGAGAAAGUGAGGCAAAGACAAAUGUGGAGUCGCUAGCCAUUUUUCCAAAAAGUGAAACAAAACUUGUUAUUGAGCAGUUGCUUCUGCAAGAGACUUUCACAAGAGACGAAUGCAACAAACUGGUUGAGAUGAUUCAAUCACGGGUCCCAGAAGCAAAUUCUGUUGAAAUUGGCAAGGAAACAGAGAAUGAGGUGCCAAUAAUGAUUACUGACCAAGGACAGUCUUUGAACCAUAACAGGAAUCUCUAUCAAAUAUCCAAUUUUUCUCCCAGACUUCUACCUUCCUUAUCUCCAAGCUUUUAUGCCAAGGAAGCAGUUAUUCCUGAUCUUCGCAACAAAGCUGUUUUGGAGGCAAAGAGAUGGUUUGAAGAGAAAAAGCUGACACCUAGUCCUAUAUAUGAUCGAAGUUAUGGACCUCGCAACUUGACCACUCGCAUGAAUCAAUAUGGUUUUGAAGAUGGUGCUGGUUCACCAAUUGAGAUGGCUAAGUCUUACAUGCAAUCCUUGCCUCCAUGGAGAUCUCCAUCCUUCAGCACCAAUGGUUUUAUGACGUCACCAUCUUGUGGGAAUAGUUCUUGCAAUUUUGGAAGUCAAUUGGUAGCUACAUCAGAGUUUAAGAAAAGGGAUUAUAUUUCCAUUGGAUCUUUGAACUCAGAAGAAAAUUGCAGAACCUAUCUGAAAUCAUUGGAUAAUGAACAAGAGUUUUCUAAGAUGGGGCAAUCAAAGUUACUUUCCAGGCUUUCAGCACAUGAAGCUUCUACUACACCAUCUGCAGCUGCAAAGACUUGCAAUGAAGUUCAAGAUAACUGUCUUAAGUUUCAAGAUGCAAAUGCUGCUGGGGCUGACCAACUGUUGGUGACAGAUAAUGGCAUUUCCGUUGGAGCCAUUUUACAGUCCAAAGAGGCAUUUAAAGAAUCACAGGAGGGACCGAAAGUUGCUGCAUCAAAUAAUAUUGAAGGAUUGCAUUAUGACAUUGUCAACAUGCUCCACAAUGAUGCUGAUAUGUCGGUAUCAGAUGUAAGUCAGGUUAAUUGUGUGAAGAAUGUAGAAAUGCCUUUGCCAAUUGAGGAACAGAUUGGCAGUAUUUCGGCUCCUCAGGAUUCUCUUACUUUUGCUUCAAUAGCUGACAAGAAUAAUGGACAUUCCUUUCCUGAAACUGAGACUUUUCAGCUUGAGAAUAUCACCCCUACCGAGCCAAGGUACUUAUUUUCUGGCUUGUAUGACCUUCGUAUAUUUCUAGUGGUAUACAGGAGAGGCGGAAGAGUUCACGGGACCGGCUGGGCUGGUCCAAUGGACCGUGCUAGUGCAGCUACUGUUGCCAAUGCUAGUGCAAUAGUUGCUGGCAAACAGCUAUUGUCUAGCUAA